AUGGGCGUCACUCGAUCUCGUGAGGUCGCCCUCGCCUCGAUCCUGGGGCUUCUGGCUCCGGCGGCUCAAGCAGCACUAUACGAUAGUGUGCUCCAGACUCCCAAUGGGCCGGUGCAAGGCUACGCGGCCUUUAACAGCAGUCCUGCUAAUAUGAAUCUCACCAACUGGAAAGACAUCACUGUUUGGAAGGGCAUACCUUUUGCCGCCGACACGUCGGGAGAGAACCGCUUCCGUCCUCCCCAGAGCGUCACGCCGUGGAACACGACAUUUGACGCCAAGGACUACGGACUGGCCUGCGUUGCUUCCGGCACCACGUAUGCCGACAUUGGCGAGGACUGCUUAAACGUGAACGUCUGGAGCGCUGCCAACUCCACCGAUGCCAAGCUGCCCGUCGUUAUGUGGAGCUACCCGGCAGGAGGCUCCAAUGCUGAUCCUCGCUUUGAUGGCGCUGGCAUGGCCGACAAAGGGGUCGUCUUUGUCAACUAUAACUACCGCACUGGCGCGACUGGCUGGCUCGUGACCCCCGAGCUGACCGAGGAGAACCUGGCUAGCAUUGGUGUUAACAGUUCUGGUAACUACGGUAUGUUGGACCAGUUCGCCGCCGUACAAUGGAUUCGCGACAACAUCGCCGCAUUUGGCGGUGACCCGGACCGCAUCACCGUCUCGGGCCAGUCAGCUGGUUCGGCUGCCACGUACCAUAUUCUCAACAGUCACCUGACUAAGGGCAAGAUUGUUGGCGCUAUCAUCCAGAGCGGUGUUCGCGACCCUCACGAUCCUCUUGCCACCAGCCUGGCAGAGGGAUACCAGACCUACGACGUCUCCUUAAACUACAGUCUGUCGUUCAUGGAGUCUGUGAACUGCAGCACGAUUGCCUGCAUGCGUGCCCUGCCGUGGGACACACUAGACAACUCUGCCAAUCCUGGCGCGACAGGCCCGUCCUUUAAGGGUACUCUGGACUACUAUGCCAUGCCUGACACAUACCUCAACACACUCAAGCUAGGACUCGCCAACGACGUUCCCGUCAUGACCGGAAACACCAAGGAUGAGAGUGGCGCAUCGUACGGCCUUAACAUCACCCUGGACGAGUAUUAUGAUGAUGCAAACUCCACUUAUUCCGGAGACUUCGUCGAUAAGUUCCUGGCUGCAUACCCGGCUAACGACUCAGUCACCGCUUCGGCCGCCGAGAAUGCCCAGUUCACCGACCGCUCCAAGGUCGGUACCCAGAACUUCGCUGCCUACUGGUUGAGCAACAGGACCAGCCCCGUAUGGACCUAUCUGUGGGACCACGCCCCUCCUGGACAAGAGGCCGGAGCUGCACACAUGACCGAGAUCCAGUACACGCAAAACAACCUGUACAACGUCUACUACGGCGAGUGGGAGGCCGAGGACUACCAGAUUGCCACCAUUAUGAACAGCUACUGGGUCAACUUCAUCAAGAACGGCGACCCCAACGGAGACGGUCUGGUCCAGUGGGACAGCGUUUCUGCCAACACGACGGUGACUCAGGAGCUUGGAGAUGGUUGGGGCCCCAUUCCCAUCGCCGACGCCGAGCAGAUCAGCUUGUUCCAGAGCUGGUUCCCCACCCUGAGUGCUAUAUAG